AUGCAGAUUUGUAUAUGUAAAUUUAGAGACGAAGAUGUGAGCGGGACGAAGAUACAGGCGACUCCUAUCCGGAAAAAGAGGAUUUUGUCAAGGCCUACAAUUGAAUUUAUCAAUUUCCAUCCUGAAGCCAUCGAGUUUGUGGACCGAAAAGUGAAAUCGCCAUCGAAAGUGGACAAGUACACGCACAUUGGAAGAACAAAUGAAUUGAGAUUCAAAAUGGUAAAGUCUGAUUCCCGAUUGAUCAAGACUCUUCUACACGCGUAUGGGUUCACACAAGCUUCGGUAAACAAUCCGGUCUUCAAUUUGCUUUGGACGGGUGCUCAUUUGAAAUCACACAUUUUGCGAAAUCUAAAACCGUGGCAAAGAGCUAAUCAUUUUCCGAGAUCUUACGAGCUCACUCGAAAAGAUAAACUUUCUGACAACAUUGCUCGAGCGAAGAGAAAUUUCGGAACACCCUUUGACUUUAUGCCUAAAUCUUUUGUCACUCCUCGAGAUUUGUCCAAAUUGUCAAUGGAGAUCGAGGAAAACUCGCAAAAUCUUUGCACAUACAUUGUGAAGCCGAUCAACAGCUGUCAAGGAAAAGGAAUUCAUUUUGUGAAUAAGGCUGACGAGGUUUCACUUGAGAAAAAGCUUCUUGUCUCUCACUAUGUCGCAAAUCCACUUUUGGUGAAUGGACACAAAUUCGACUUAAGAGUUUACGUGGCUGUGACAUCAUUUUAUCCACUCAUUUGUUACGUCUACAGCGAAGGACUUGCGAGAUUUGCCUCUGAACAAUACUCGUCGACUGCGGAAAAUGGAAAAGAAUUUGUUCACUUGACAAAUUAUUCGUUAAACAAGAAUAGUACUACCUUCGUCAAGAAUGAAACUUUUUUUGAGGAAGAUUUUGGACAUAAAUGGACACUCGGUGCGCUUUUGAGACAUUUGCAAAAGCGGGGAGUCGAUUCAAAAUUACUGAUGAUUCGAAUCGAAGAUCUCGUCACCAAAACAUUGCUAUCCGUUCAGUCAACUAUCUCCGCAAAAUGCCGUAGCACCGUUUUGGCGAUCAACACGAACUUUGAGCUUUUUGGCUUUGACAUCUUGGUCGAUUCAAAGUUGAAGCCAUGGCUUUUGGAAGUGAAUCUCUCGCCGAGCCUUACUUGUGAUGCUCCGCUCGAUUCCUUGGUGAAAACACGCCUCAUUUGUGAUCUUUUCAACCUCGCUUGCAUUCCGUUUUACGAUCGCAAACCGAGAAAUGGGCAAAAUGAGACACCAAAAAUUCGAAUGGCAAGCCCUUCGCUUUUGCCCGUAAAGAAAUCUCCAAUUGCAAAGAAUCUUGUAAAUGGCAGACCUUUGGAUUGUCGAGCGGUGAAACACAUACGAAAGCUAAGAUUCGAAGAUGCGAGAAGAGGGGGAUUUAUUCGAGUUUUCCCAAGAGUUGGAUCUUUUCACCUAUACAAAGAGUUGAUGUCGCAUAGUGGAGUCGAGAAAUGGGACGAACGAUUGUAUGAGAGUGUUUUUGGCGAAAAAUCAUUCGACGAGGAGGGAGUAUUUGCGCAAAAGUUCCACGAGCAGUUGAUGAAAGUUGAAAAGUUUCCUUCGACGAAUCUACUGGACAACGAUGUCUCACAAGCUAUUUCAACUUGGCUUGACGGAGCAGAAGAAUACCUGCAAAAAGUGACACGGGAAGGCGAGACGUACAUGGCCAAGCUACCACUGGUGAGAGAAUCGGCUCGUCUCCGCACAAAGAGUUGUUCCGAUUUCUACGAAGCUCGAGCUGCAGCAAAGUUAGUGGAGCCAGUUGUGGAGAAUUUUGCAGCCACUUAUCAAAAAGAAAUCGAUGAUAGUAUAAUGCCGUUAAACGACUUGACAAACAGUGGUCACGCGCUCUUGGAUUUUGCAAACCUUAUCGAGAAUCGAUCCAUUGACGCAAAUUUGUGUUCCACCUCCACUGCUACCACCGUUAGCUGU